CAAUGAAAAUACUGAGUAACAUGUUGAACGCCCCAGGUCCAGCGCAGUUCUGCUGCUUUCAGUUAAAUGGUGGUGUUUGGUGUUGGUUACUUAAGCGAUGGCACACAGUUUCGCCAAAUGGGAUUGGUCCAUUUUCAGAUCAAUCCGGAUAAAGAGAGCAAAUAAAGCCGAAUAUAUUAUACGACGCUAAGAUUUAACACGAAGUGUUUUAGUAUAUAUUCAAAGCUGUACUACGCAAAAUUUAUAGUAGUUGUGAUAUUACGUAAUGUAUCGUCCAUUUCGAACAUUGAACUUUACUGUAGAUAGAGUAAUUCUAAUUCUUUGUUUCUCUUUAUACAACUAGCAAAAACCAGAAAGAACACUAAUAUUAAAAAUUAUAUUUAUCCAAAGUUGGACUGUUUUCCUUCCAAAUCGCUAUCCAGAUAUUAAAACAAAUGCUUGAAAGUCCCUAUUCCAAUAUUUAUAUUAUUUACAAAGACUAUUUUUGACCCGUAAGCAACUUUUACUUCACCCAUCCCCGGAAUAUAUUUAUUUUUAGUUAUUAUAGUUUGCCUCUCCCCGUAACCUAAAAGAGGAAAUAAAAAAAUCAAUUGCGCUAUUUUACCACUUAAAAAACAGCCGCGUCGCCUUUAGAGCCAAUGAACUUUUUCAUAAAUAUGGAAUAAUUUGCACGCUAUCAUCGACAUAAUAUUCUAAAAUUCAAGAAAAUUUUUGUCUCAAGUUAUUAUCUUCGUCAAUUUCACACUAUUAUAAUAAAUACAACAGGCUCAAAAAUGCCAAUUGAAUCAAUUUCUUCGUGCAAAUCAUCUAAAAUCUGCGAAGCGAAUUAUCGGCUAAAGUAAUAGUUACGCAACGCAGUCUCUUACAUCCGAAUUCAAUCCAGGAAGAACAGGAAAAGAAUGAAAUCUUUCAUGGAAAGCAAUUGCUCCCGACAUGACGUAACAAACGACUCCAAGGUAACCACAUCAUCACUGACAAGCAAUUCGGGUCUACUCGGCACGAAUAAUAACGAGACAACGCCACCCGGUAAAACGACACUCGAAGGAAACUUUAACGAUGAAAAGACAGAAAAUCACGUGGUGGUCGAAAAUGGAGAUCACGUGAUUAAAUCAGGUCCUGUGGAAAAUGACGCAGAUGACGAUGAACAAAUUGAUGUGGAGAAUUCAGAUUUGGAAACUUCGUCCGAAGAAGUCAAAAGCCGAAACAAAAAACAAACUGAUAAGAAAGAAGUUAAAAAUGAGCCACUUGGAAAGAGCUCAGAAUAUGGUUGCGAUUGGUGUCACGACACUUUCAAAACAAUUGAGCAACUAAAACUCCACGAGCUGACUUCGUGUCCAGAGUUGCAACAGCCGAGAAACAAUCUCUCACCCCCGACUACAGGCAGCGUCCCCUCGACCGAAUCAAUUUCGAAACUAAUCAGUCAAAUCACAAAGUCACAAGAGAGUCAUUUUGCAGCGCCCGACAGUCGUGUUCAUACAAUUCAAAAACCGCCGCCCGCGAAACCUGAUUUUUCAACUUUAACUAGCAUUUCACAGUUUUCCCCAUAUGGUAACUCCUCUUCGCUUUCGCCGACAUCCGCACCCAACUUUGCAGGAGCGACUGCCGAAUCUCAACAACUGAAAGAAGUUUUAGACAGGUUGAGCGCUCGGAGCCGAGAACAUCUGUCGCCGAGUGAAUCUCUAAAUUCGGGAAUUUUAACCGAACAACAAAAGUUUCUAAUCUAUCAACAUAAUCAGCAACGAAUAAGACAACAGCACAGCCAGUUUUUAGCGAGCCAACACAGGAACUUCCAGCAAAGCGCUGCCGCUUACAUAUCGUCACAAAACUCAGGAGCUUAUCAAGAGUAUCUAAAAAGGCUCAGUGCUUCGAAUUCUCUUCACGCGUUAAACGAAGCUAUUCGCUCUGCCAAAAUGGCCAGCAAAUCUACCCCUCCCCCGUUGGAAAAACCAGGAGUGAUCGUACCCCCACCCCCUCAGCUUCUGAGACCGACUACUCAAAGCUCAGCCGAGAUGUUCAAAGCGUCCGAGCCACGACAAUCAUUGCCGGAAACGUCGACACGACCCGCGAUGUGUCAUAUUUGUCGGAUUCAGUUCACAGACAUUGAGUACUUAGCACGUCACUACAUAGACAGUCACCCGUCGUUGUUGCCAGGGUUGAGUCCCACAGGUUCCAGCGUGUCACCGGGUCUUCAAGGUAUGGGGUUCGGGAGUGGUAGCCAGUUCAGAAGAAUAGCUGGCAGGACUGACUCUGUUAUCCAACCCCACCCUUCCAGAGUAGAUAUUUCCAGCCCACUCUCAAACAACCCCCACUUUCUAGCAUUAUCUAAUCAAGGGAAGCUAGCGAUAUCUUCUCUGCCUGUAGACGUCUCAUCCGCUCACCGUGAGAUGCAACAUGCUCGAUUACCACCCCCACCUUUCUUCACGUCCCCGACUAGUGCACUAAAUGAGUCACUCAUUCGUCAACACCAGCAGCAGCAGUCACUACAAAGCAGCAAACUCAGUUCAGAAGGGGUGGGGGGACAAGGCCUGGUCACACCUCCCGGUAGCACUACUUUGUUGCCGUCACCCCCAACCCACCCCCAGAACCCAUUCCAGUCUCUAACGCACCCCCACCAAUCACAUCGAGGCGCAGGGGUACCUCACUCAUUGCUCGAAGGAGUGCAACACGCGGGUGGGUUGUUGCCGACGGCGACUGGCAAUCCGACAGGGGUGGUUGGGACAGGACAGUUCCUUCCGCCUCUUCUCGGCUCGCGGGGAGAACUGACACUCGGGCCCGACGAGCGAAUAAUCACGUGCGGCGUCGGACCCGACAUGUUUCUACUAUACAGGUGCGAAAGCUGCGAGUACACCACCACAAAUGUUCACGCUCUGCAAAUACACCAGAAAAGUCACCUCUAUUCGCACAUAUCGUGCAAAAUAUGUCACGCUACCUUCGUGAACCGAGACAUGCUUGAAGAGCACAUGAAGACGCACAAAGUGGGACCUGACUUCAUCUGUGACAUUUGCGGAACUGGCUUGAGAACCUUGCAGAAGAUCGUACAACAUAGACGAACCCAUACUGGCGAAAAACCAUUCAAAUGUGAGAAGUGCGACUACAGAUGCAGUCGGAAGGACAAUCUGAAACUGCACUUCAAGCGACAUUUGGAGAAGCAGUUCUUCUGCAGAAUCUGCAGGUACGGGGCAGGAGACAUGAAGGAUCUGCAGAAGCACUACAUUAAGAAACACAAUCGCGAAAUGCCAGAAGAGCACCGUGCUUUGACUCUGAUGUCAGUGGACCCAAUGAUGCGAGACCUCCGAGGACGCAGCGAAUCCAGUCUCCUCACAGACCCCCUCAAGAGAGACUUGUCUUAUGUGUGUGAGUUGUGUGGCUUCAUGGCCAGCAGUCCCUAUGGCCUCGAGAAGCACAAAAAGCGAAGCCAUACAGCCAUAGACAAGAUAUAUUCGUGUCAAUUCUGCAAUUUCCAGUGCGCCAGAAAAGUUAAUUUGGCCAUUCAUAUGCGACAGCAUCCGGUUCCUAUUGGAUACAAAAUCCCCCCUCCUACAACUCCGAGGCCAUCUGCUCCCCCUUUGGGGGGCAAAAUCGAGGACUAUCCGGGCCUAUUGAGACCCACUCAAGUCUCGACUCUGAGAUCCGAAAGCGAGAGUCCGGAAAAGUUCUCGCCGAUAAGCUCAGUUGCCAGUUCGGACGUCAACAUGAAAAUGGACCCGAACAGCCCCGAAACCGAAACAGAGUCGGAACACUCGUCAGGGGUUAUGAAAUACGAGUUGAAAAACCGAGUCGAGAAAAAUAAUCGAGUGACUCCUUUCUCGGAACCUCCCGGAUGCUCGUCGACACAAAGCUCGCCGGUCGUUUUUGCAGACGACCAAGGCCUGACUACUUUUGCAUCACGGAAAUCGGAAAGUUCUUUAGCUGCAAACCUCAAAAUGAAUCAUAGUUUUCUGUCAAAAUUUCCAUUGUCUUCGCUUUCAAGAAGCGAAAUAAAGGAAAUUUUGAAAUCCGGACCACUAAACAUGUCAAGUGUUGACGAUAUUGAAAUGAAUGACGACGAUGAAAUGAAUUCCGACGACGAAGAAGCUACUGAUGACGUAAUGGAUUUCGGUAGAGACAGCUCGCUUAACCCGAUUUCUUCUGACUCAACUCAAGUCAAAAAUGAAGAGGAAUUGACGAACGACAUGCCGAUGUUUUCGGAGUCGGAAGUUCUCGACUUGACGACAAGUAAUAGUCCGACAAUGAAAAUCAGCCAGUCGCCUCUGCCUUCCCCACCAGCAGCUAUUGCAUCGCCGACUGUCACUAUUGUUACGUAAUGACAAUGUUACGCAAUACUUUUUACAAUGUUACACGCAAUGUAUGUAACACAUACAAGCCAAAAUAGAUGAGAAUUUUAGUGUAACUGACAGCAAAACUUUCAAUUUUUUAAAGUGUACUUCAGAUUACGGACGUUUAAAAAAUUUCCAGUACUUACAAGCAUGUGUUUUAUUUCUAAAUUCACUGUUUGAUCAAUGUUUCAUCAAUUAAAUGCCUUACUUUUUUGCGCUGGAGUCAAAACUAAAAUUGAUGGUUUAUUAUUUUCAAAAAAUAGUAAUUGAUCAUUUAUUGACUAAAAUUAUGACCUUUUCAUGGAUAUUCUUUCUUAUUCUUGUAUUCAAGCGUGUUUUCGAAUGUAAUAUUUUUGAUAUAGCUUUUGUAAAAAAAUGACUUUCCUAAUUUCAUGACUUUUCUUUCGCUUAUUCAUGCUUUAUUUCACGUGGCUUUCUACUUCGAAAUAUCACUCUUUCAAAUAAAUGGGCGCAAAAUUUCUUAUGAAGUUAAAAUGAUCAUAAACGUAAAAUACGCCCAUUUAAAUGUUGCUACUUUGCCUUCAUUUGUAUUGUAACCGCAGCAUUAGAUUGUGUUUUUUUUUUAUUAAUGAAAAUGCCAUAUGCAUUAUAACUAGAAGUUGCUUCAAUCAUUAAUCUAUCUCUUUCGCCUUGGCUAUCACUGGCUGCAUUUUGUUGUUUUUGACUCUAGACUUUUCUGACUAUAUAAUCUAUGUGUAAAUUGGCUGUAAUCUGAACUUGUCGGGUAGAAAAAUACUCUGAGUUUGAUGACAUAAAUAUAAAAUUAAGUGAUGUUUAGAUUGAUAAAAUGAUUAUCAAAAUAUUAUCAAAGAUAAGUUGAAGGCGCUUCUGUGAUAGGUGUUCAUGCUUAUUUUUCAUUCUCAGGGAUCUUUGUUAAAUAGACGUUUAUAUGCUACCCGCAAAUCCGAAAAUUCAUAUUUUCGUUCCUUCA